AUGUCGGACUAUCCAGGACCAAACAAUGAGGACUUGUCACUACCUAAAGCAACUGUUCAAAAAAUAAUUGCAGAAAUCUUGCCUAAAGACAUUGCCAUAUCGAAAGAAGCUAGGGAGGCAAUAACAGAAUGCAGUAUCGAGUUCAUCAUGAUGCUAUCGACGCAACUGAAUGACAUAGCUGAAAAGGAAGCUAAAAAGACCAUAGCCUCCGAUCAUGUUGUAAAAGCAUUGGAAGAGUUGGAUUUCAACAACUACCUUGAAAUAAUAAACAAGAUCCUUAGUGAACAGAAAGAGUUGCUAAAGGGAAAAGAGAAACGAAACAACAAGUUCCAAAGCUCAGGGUUGAGUGAGGAGGAGUUGUUGAGACAGCAAGAAGAAUUGUUUAAAAAGUCGAGGGAUCGUCUUCAAAGUCAAUCCGGUUCACCUUCACAUGAGGUCAAACAAGAGGAAAGUACGUAG